AUGGCUGCCACCAACACUUCUGUUCACGCUUCCAUUCAUUACCACGUUGGUGGUAGCCUCGGUUGGCACCAACCUGACCCCAACAAUACUGAGUUUUAUAGCCAAUGGGCUCAGAGGAACAGGUUUCAAGUUGGUGAUGCUCUCGUUUUUGAGUACCAGAAUGACUCGGUUCUCAGUGUGGAGAAAUUGGAUUACAUGAAUUGUGAUGCAAGUAACCCUAUCACAGCUUUUGACAAUGGUAAGAGCACUUUUAACCUUGACAGGCCCGGGGACUUCUACUUCAUCAGUGGAAACAAUGAACACUGCAAGAAUGGGCAAAGAUUAGACGUGGAUGUGAUUCAUGAACACCGAUUUUCAUCUCCACCACCCAUUUCUCUUCCGCCGCAAGGGCUUCCACCAAUGGCCCCUCCACCUUCUGAUCAAGGUUUUGAGGAUUCAACAUCAGCCUCAGUGAUGCUUACUGCUACUUCUAUGUCUGUUUUGGUGAUCACGUUUGUUAUUGUGGUGCUGUUAGCACCCUGA